GCGAGCGCGCGCGCGUGCAAGCGACACAAGUCCGUCCCGUGCAGCAGUCAGAGUCAGUCGACGAUGCUCCUUUAAAAAGCGAAGUGUUACUCCGGAGUGCGCGCGCGAGUGAGAAACAUUACACCGUCAAGAUAAAGAGAGAGAGAUAGAAAGUGCGGGAGGCGCGUUCUAAGGACGCGCAGUAAGGUAGUAAGGUGCCUCCACGCCGCGCGCGGCCAGGCAGCGCGAUCCCGUGACGACGACGACGACGACGACAACAACAACGACGAGAACGAGAACGAGAACGAGGAGGAGCGGAGGAAACAUGCUGCCGCAGGCGACGACGACGACGACGACGGGCGCGCUGCUGCUGCUGCUGGCUCUCUGCUGCGUCGGGCUCACCCACGCGAGCAUCGCCGCGGCCUUCGAGUCGACACCUUCCAGCUCCUUCGAUCAUGGAGCUCCACGACUGGACCUGGAGAGCUUCGAGAGCGGAUAUCACGGCCUGGUCAAGGAGAACGAAACUCUGGUCGAGGUCACGCCGCAAAUCCGCGCCCUGGGAACGAAAGUUUGCUCCUUCCGCAUCGCGAACAAGCACCACGGCGAGGCGCCGUUCGAGAUCAUCCUGAAGGAGAAGGGGAUGGCCGAGCUGCGGGCGUUCCGGGUCCUGAAUUGCGAGAAGCGCCGUAAUUACAAGUUCGACAUCGCCGCGGUCGGCUGCAACGGAGCGCAAUCGGAAAAUGCGACGGUUCACAUUACUGUGGUUGACGUCAACGAGUACGCGCCGCAGUUCCUCCAGCCGGCCUAUGUCAGCACCGUGGACGAGGGUCGUCUCUACGAGGAGGUGGUCCGCGUGGAGGCGUCCGACCGUGACUGCACGCCGAAAUUCGGUGAUGUUUGCAAGUACGAGAUUCUCACCGCCGAUCAGCCGUUUAUCAUCGACAACGAGGGUGCCAUCCGCAACACCGAGCCCCUGGACUACGAGCGCUCCCACAACUACAUCCUCAGCGUGGUCGCCUACGACUGCGGCAUGAAACAGUCGGCGCCGGCGAUGGUGACGGUCAAGGUGAACCGCGUGUGCGCUCCCGGAUGGCGAGGUAUCCCCGAGAGGGUGGAUUACGCCGCCGGAGUUGGCUCGCAGCCUCUGCUGCCCUCGGCGCGACUUGACCUUUGCGACGCGCCCUGCAUCCUGCGCAACGUACGCGCCACUCUGAGUCUGGCCACCGAUCACAUCGGCAAGGGUUGCGAUCGCGAUACAUACGGGGUUCGCAGCCAGCGAAAACUGUGCGGUGCCUCGCGCGACAGCGUGGACCUGCUGCCCACACCUGGACCCACGACCUCCUGGACCGCCACUCUUUCCAGAGACGAGGGUAGAGAGGCCGACGAGAUCUUCGAGUUCGACGGCGUGGACUCGGCCGCGAUUGUGCCGAACGACGUGUUGGAGCACAGCCUAGCGCAGAAAUUCACCAUCGGCGUCUGGGUCAAGCACCGACCACGCCCGCGACAGGAUCCGCAUGUUAAGGAGCACAUUUUAUGUGCCGCUGAUGACCACAAGAUGAAUAGGCACCAUUACGCCCUGUUCAUAAGGAACUGCAGAUUGAUUUUGCUGUUGCGACGCGACUUCUCCGAGGGCGAUCCCAACAUCUUCCGUGCCGCCGAAUGGCGUUGGAAGCUGAGCCAGGUAUGCGACGAUAAGUGGCAUCAUUACGCGAUCCAGGUAGACUUCCCGCGCGUCAACCUUUACGUGGAUGGCGAGGAGUGGCACGCUGAUGAGAAGAAUCCCGAGGUCAUCGACGACUGGCCCUUGCACCCAGCUAAAGGUGUCAAUACCACUCUCGUGGUCGGAGCGUGCUGGCAGGGCUCCGAGAAUAAGACCAAACAUCAUUUCCGCGGUUACCUCGCCGGUCUGUCCGUCCUAGUCGGCCGAAACGAGAAGCCAGAAGUACUAUCGUGCCUGCGGCGUUGCCAGGAGGGCAUUCACGUGCCACCGAUGGACUUGUUGCAACCGGGCACUCAGCUGUUGACCAAUUCCGAUAUGACCGAGGUACGCAUCGACGGCGACAACCGCACGAACGUGGAGACCCUGUUGCGUCGUAUCGGUUACUCCAACACUCGACGUUUCCCGACACCCGGCCGUCGUAACUUCCGUCUCGACACUACGAUCGUCUGUGAGGGUAGCGAGAACACGCCUCUACCGGUGCCGACCGUACAGUCCUACGUCACCGUGCUGCCGCCUCCUCGACCGGGCAUCACCGUCAACGGUACCGGUUACGUAGCCCGAGAAUACGCUGAUUUCCGGCUAGGUGUACGUGUGUUCCCCGACGCGCGCGUCACCGCCGGAUCGGCCGCCCGAUUAGACGCAUGCGCCGUCAGUGUUUAUCCAAGUCUCAAUCCCGAUCACGAGAGCCUAGGAUUACCCAGUGACGCCCUGCUUGCAUUCCACGACAUCUCCGCUCGUCUCGACCGAGAUGGCGUCGUUCUCUCCGGCGCGGACUCGCCCUACAACUAUCAGCAACUCAUCCGUCUUAUCAUGUACACGAAUCACAAACCAGCUUAUUACCUGGACCGCGUCUUCAAACUCACCUGUUCCGAGCUGAGCGGUCGCUUCGCCAGCAACGAAUACGUGCAAACGCUGGCCGUGAUCCACCCUAAAGAGAAAACGACCGUUCCGCCGCACACGACGCCCGGAGAACCGCCCAUUGCCAGAAUCGUUGAAGCGGUACCGGGUCACGCACAGCUUUCGCCGCAUCAUGCCGAUCUAACGGAAGAAUACGCUACGGCCGCACUUCGUGAAGGCAGCAGAACCAUCAGCGGCACUGGUGGUAGCCAUGCCGUGACCAUCGUCGCUGCCGCUUGCAUCGGCUUUCUGCUGCUGAUGGCAGUGGUGGGCGCUUCGCGGGUCCGCGGGGCAGCUAAACGACGACGAUCCGCCGGUGAUGAGCUCGCCGCCGAGACGGAGAUGGCUUGGGACGACUCGGCCCUCGCCAUCACUGUGAACCCGAUGGACAGGUUGACGGAACACGACCAGCAUCACCAAAAUCAGCGAGACGAGGACGUGGACGACUCCGGCAGUUCCGAUUCUGAGGACGGCUCGUUCCGGGACGAUGACCUCGACAGCUCCGACUGCGAGAACGACUGCGAUCUUAGCAACGGCCGACACCGCCGUCAUAAUUCGCCGCAUGAUCUGGAGUGGGAUCAUCGUGAUGUUUAAAUCACCCUUACUAUCUUUACACUGAGCAUUCACACAACCCCCUUUCUUCGCGUGACAUUGAGAGGAGUACUGGCAGCGUGCCACCUUCCGCAAAAUUUCUCCAUCAUAUAUCGUUUCCUCUCGUCGCGCGCACUCGUGUGACACUUGUCGAGACACGUCUCGGAAGUAUCUCGCGACGAAGAUCUCUGGCGCAGCUCUGUCGACGGCUACGCGAAUUUAAUCCGCGGGAGUAAAGAAGUUCGGGUUAUCGUGUAUUGGACGUCUCUCGUUGAACGCGACUCGCAUCCGAAAGAUCGAUUUCUCGAAGUUCUCUCCUUGCGCAUCAGAUAUCACGGACGCGUCGUUAAGGGAUUAAAAAUAUUUAUUACGCUUUCGAAUAUCCAGAAUGUAGGAUAAUAAGAUUUAAGAUGUUCUAAACCGCUCCAUACACCGCUCGAUCGAUUCUCCAAACGAUUAUUAUCCCUCUUUACUGCGCGAAAGCGUUAUCGUAUUAUCCGUCCCCUCUCAUCCUCUCGUAGAUGACGUCGGUGUAAUCGAUGAGGUAACGAUAUAAAACGGCAUUCAGUUAGUACUCGUCUUAAGCGUCAGGGAAAAUCUGUAAGAGUGUGGGACGCUUUAUCGAAUAUAGUUAAAACUUUCUACCUAUGAACACACACGUCGCUGAUGUAUGGUAGAAUCGGAGAUACACGCAAGAGAUACUUAAAGUCCCGCCAGAAAAAUAUUUUCGACGGGAAUAUUUACGGCAGUUAUUAAUUUAUAUUCUUGACUCAAUCAUUGGUAGUAGUAGGACAAGGGAACUCUUUCUUUUUAUACUCCUAACUCUAGCUUUCCUUCUUUUUACUCUAUAUACGGUUAUCGCUAUUUUAUUAUUACUAAUUGCUGCGACUGUACCCAGUCACUUUAUCGAAAGUUGUUAUUAUUAUUAUAUUAUUAUUAUUAUUAUUUCUAUUAUUACUAUAGGCAGGAUGGCCCGGUAGCGUAGCGUUUUAAAUGCGAAACAGUGCUGAGCCGACUUUAUAUUCUUCCUCGUCUUCUCGACUAAACUUUCUUAUCUAAGGUCCAUUUGAUCUCAUGAAUGUAAUUCUCUCGCAAUAAUCGUGUCUUUCGUAUUUUUGAUCAAAAGCGCUCGCGGUACGCGACGUAAACUAAUAAACCAGCGGCGAAACGCGCGUGGUAGAUAUGAAGAUAAGCUGAAAGCUAUUCGCUUCGGUGUAGCACGUGAUUCUCAUCGGGCCGAGCCUGGGCCAUACGAUGCUUGCCCAAUUUUACACUUUUAUUUUUAAGUCGUUACGCCUUCGAUUGUUUCCUUUGUUUUUGCACGAUGUUCCUUCCUGAUCGAUCUGCAAAAGAUGAGUAAGGACAUUACCACGCAUUUUAUGCUAGUGCUUCAACAUUUAAGAUAAUCGGUAUAGGCAUCAUAUUCGUAUAUGAUGCGUAAGCGUCACAUACCGCCGAAGCUGCGCGUUUAAAAAGAGCGGUUUCGCCGGCCGUUAGUCUGAACGCUUGCAGAAACGUGAAAUAUUCGGCAAGAGGAAUCCAUCUGCACACGAGCAGAUGCUUCAUGCGUCACGUAAUUUCCUCUGGUAUAAAUAUUCAUUUCUAAUUAAUUAAAAUUACGUGACACGUGAAAGAUCAGCUUAGAGGCGGAUUAUUCGAUCCUCGUCCGAGGUUGUCUUAGUUUUCCUAUAAGCGUUUGAUGAAUUAAUGGCAGUUAACCAUACACGGUUUAUGUGCGCGCGACACGCACGUGCUCUACAUAUACAUACAUCAGCGUCCAUUCAUUAUUCCGUGGCGAGAGUCUCGUCUCGAGUAGCAGACGAUUAUUCUAAAGUUAAUGCGCAGCGCGGCUGGAGAAGCCAUCGGGCGUACUUCUCCCGUUAAUUUCCCUGACCCAAGACGUGUCGUAUCGUGCAAUCGCUCUUUUCACCGAGAGAAAACCGAUGCUUUUACGUGCCUUUUAAGCAAGUAGUACGUUGAAUUCGUAUUAUAUACUUUGUACACGGAAAAAUUGUAUUCUUGAAAUAAGAGGACUGUAUGCUUCGCAAGCCCUCUUAACACACAUUCUUAGGGGAUGAGAUAUGAUAUUCUUCUUUUCUCUCGAAUAUCCCUUAAAACUAAGAAUAUAUUCUUCCUAACGAACUUCGGGAUAAAUGAUGUUCUAUCAGAUCGGGAUUUUAUUAGCAAUUUGCAAUUAUGUAGUUAUAAUUUAACAAUGCCAGUGCGGUGUAAUAUGAUAUUUAAUAAUCGAAUAAAACGGUAAUAAAAAAGUGGCUUAAGGAGCUAACGUGUCUUAGACAACAUGCAUAUUUUAAAGAUUAGUAUUUAUAAUUUGCAUUGGAUUUUUUCCUAUUUUAUUUUCAUAAACGGCGAAAAACAAUGCGUGUUUUUUUUUUUAUUUAUAAUAUAUGGAAAUAAACGUAAUUUUAAAAUAUAUUUUUUAAAGCUUAUUCUACAUAUUUGUGGAAAUAUGUUCUAAAGUAAAUCCUAUAUAAUCUUAUCUUAAUUAUAUAUCCUUAUAAAAAUUAAGAAUAUCUACUAAAUAUCUAUCCUUUAAAAGAAUUCCCUGAAAUCAAGAAAAUUCUUUUAAGAUGUCUAUUUUAGAAGAGAUUACUAUAAAAAUAAAAGGAAACUUCUUAAGCUAAGAAUACAAUUUGUUCGGUGUAACGGUGAAUCUCAGGCUGCAUUUUCUUGUUUUUUUUUUUCUAUUCCCUUUUCGUCGCAGCAUUCCGUCGCCGUCGACGGAUCCGCCCUGUGUAUUGCUAUUAAGAACUUCUCGCGGUAUCGUGAAUCUCUCGAGUACAGCUCGCGAUUCGCAACCGCGAUUCGUGCUGAUGCGGUUUUAGCUCUUUUAUCGAUGCCUAAAACCGCGUUAUAUAGCAAAAACUUCCGGUUGUAUUUUAGACGUUUAUGGCUGUUAAUUAAGGAUCGGAAGCGCUUUCGCGUCGGGCUUUGCCGCUUCUAGACGACGCGCCGUCGCGUCGUCUGGUGAGCUGUCAUAAGCUUCGACGCACAAUACCUGUCGAUAGUGCCGUGUCGGAAAACGCGUCACACACGUGCAAUGAUCCCGUAGGGUAUUAAACUUUCUCUCUCUCUCUCUCUUUCAUCGAAAUGGUGACACGACGGCUGCGCAUCCGUUAUCGCCGCGAAAUAAUGAACAGAUCCUCGUGUAUGUGUAUGUGCGUGUGUGUGUGUAUGUGUGUCUCUGUGUUAGCGUAAAUCUAGAAUUAUACCGAAUUGUUCGAAUGCGGAGGCAUACCACCAGUACCGAAGAACUCGCGUACGGAUAUAUCUAUAUUCAUAUAGGGAACUAUAAUGAACAAUUUAUUUUUCCAACGAGCAUAUCAUAUCAUUUUUAUAAGGAUUCGUCGGAAACGUUCUUUGGGAAGCUUCUCGCUUCGUCAAACGAGCGGUCCGCGAUCGCGAAAAACGUCGCGACUUCGUAAGGGUUUCUUUCUCGUUCUCGGGGGAUAGGUUUCCUUUUUUUUUUCCAUCUCUCCGUUCCCGAGAAGGGUUACCAAUACACGCACCCUCUCUUACGCAUCUCUCCGACUCGCGCGAAAGCAGAUACUUCGAUCGAGAAAUUCGGAUUGCUCUAAACAAGAAAGCGAACAACUACCGGCAACAAAAAAUAAUAAUAAUAAUAAAAGACACACGUGCAUAAUCGUUUAUCUGUUCCUGAUAACACCAGAGAUUGCAUAUAUACACUUAUAUACGUAAAAUACCGGUGUGUACGCUUGCUUUUGUACUGUCUUUCCUUUCCUAGUGUUUCCUCCUAACGCGAUUUUAUUACAUUGCAAUGCAAAUCUUAUUGUAACGUAAUCUCGUAUUUUAUAAAGAUCGUAUAGCAGCACGAUGAGAGAAGGUAAUCAACAAAAUCAGCCGAGAGCUCGCGACCGACCUCCACGUGGAGGUCCUCGCAAGAUCAAAGUCGAGAAAGGAUCUGGCCUUCAUGAGUGUGUCUAAAUUAGCUUACGUAAAUGUGUACACACGCGUUUAUAUGCUUAAUCCUCGAGCAUAAGUGCACGGUGAAUUAUACAGUUCGGGAUAUACAGUUUGGGAUUCCUAUUUCGUUUGCUCGUAACACGCAAUAUCGUAUAUAAACGAUAAACUUUGCGCUCUGCCAUCGAGUACGUCACACGCAAUGUUGGCGUAACGAAGUCAGAAGAGCGCGUGAAAAUCAGGUGGAAAAAGGAUAUCUCGCAGAAAGUAAUUUUGCCCGACGACGGCCGUACACGAAUAGAGCGUCCCCUUAUUUAUGCGAAGCAGUUCCUUGUUGAUCUCGACAUUGCCUCUUUCUGUAUUUUUAUCGCUUGGAAGAUUCACCACUUGAAAAGCUUUUCCAAAUAGCAUAGAAAAUCUAAAAAGAAUCCUUUUUAAAUUCUCCAAUUAUCCAGUGAAUUCUUGUUCUCUCAUUUGCUGGCCUUAUUGUUUUAAAAAUACUUAAAAGUUCGAAAACAAUUCUAACCCAGAUAGAAAACGUUUGCGAUAAAUGAACAAGUGUUAUUACUUCUUUCUAUUUACAACAUUUUCGCAAUAAUUGUUAUAAGGUGAGUCUGCAUGCUACUUCAAAUUUCUUUGUAAAAUUUUUAUUUAAGAAUGCUUGAUUAAUAAUUUUACAAUUUGAUGUUGACAUGGUUUUUACAAAAUCACAAAAUUAAUUUUUGGAAUGUUUCAUUAUUGUGCAUUAUAAAAGAAAUUCUUAGGUUUAUUUCGUAAAUAUAUAACACUGAUUUAAAGAUUUUAAAAUAAACUAAUAACUACAAAAUCCUUUUUGUGUUUAUAAUAAUCAUCUGUGCUAUUUGUAUCGCUUUUUUUUUGAAAAAAGAAAAUAUCUGCUUUUAGUACGUAAAAAAUAUCUUUAAUCUUGGUACGUAAAUGGUUCGAAAUCAACACGUGGCUUAAGUUACAUAAAAGCUCGAGCUGCCUUUCGUGUACGUGAUCUAAUAUUAUGCAAAAAAAAAAAUAUGUAGUGAUAAGAAGUAAUCUAUAAUCCGAACGCGGUGAAAUAAGGGACGGCUAUGCGCUUGCGAACAACUUUUUCGUUAUUCUGGAGCGAGAUAUCGGGAGGUCUCUUUCAAUCGAGAAAUCAAGAAAUCAAUGAGAAGCGAUUUGCAACAUACGUGAACCUAAUCGGGUGCGCGCAUCCGCUCUAAAGAUGUACUUAAUCAUUUAAACGAGAAAUAAAGAAACUGCGCAGAGAACAAAACCAACUAGAUGAUACUAUUAUAUAAUAUAUACAUAAAAAAUAUAUUUAAGCUGUUUGCAAAUGAUGAAGAUGAUGUAAAGAGGAUAAAGAGGGAAGAGUAAAGGAAAAAAAGGGGGAAAAAUGAAUUUGUAAUGUACUAUUGUAUUUUGUAGCCAGCUAGAGCGUGUGUACGUAUACAUAUGCACAGAUACCCUCGUGUAUGUAUGUAUGUAUGUUUACGUAUAUAAAUAUACAUACUCCGCCCCCCAUCUUCGUCUCACCUAUAUACACAUACACGCAUACACACAUAUGUGCCGUUCGUCCGUAACGGCCAGAGGAAAUAUUUUGGAUCUUUAAGGGAAGAACGAGAGAGCUCGGAAAAGUCGGAGGCUGUAACACAUCAAAUCUUAUCUUCCGAAUUUCCGAGGGGAGGACUUCCUCUCGUCUAUCACGACGAGGCGAGGGGCAUUCUCUUCAGCGCAUAUUACACGCCCGCCGCCACCGACGCGUAUCGACUUUUACACACACAUAUCUACACAUACACACACACACACACGCAUCAUACGCACACGUAUUCCGACGUGACGACAGUGAAAAACGUGCAUGUAUAAACGCGCGAUCACGCGCGCGUGUAAAUCGAGAAAUUAUAACGCUUCGCGGAGCGAACGCUCGUGUAGUCAUUCGUCCGUUUUCAGCUUGCGAUCUCCUUUCGAAGCGUCGAGUGAGAAAUAUAAAAGAGUCACAGGCGUCUUGCGGCAAUUCACCGCCGCAAGAUUCGGCAAUGCGGCAAAAUUUUUUCCCACGCAAACGUACGUAAUUUGAUCGAGUUCUCUUUCGCUAGUGUACUUUCGGAUGAUUACGAGAGUGCUCUGAUUAUAAUUGCAUUGAUAAUUUUCAGUAGAACAAAGCCAAAUUGAAAGAAAAUUCAUUAAUAAGAUUAUAUAAGUGUAUAUUUUGAGUAAUUCGUUUUUUUCCUAUUCCGCCCGGUAAUAUUGGAAUCGAAUAAGCUGAAAAGUGCAUCCAUGCUAUAAAAAACAUACAGAGCGUAUUUAAUGCUAUACAUAUUUUCCAAAAUGCCGAACGAUCGCUCCAGUUC